AUGCACAUCACCCUAUCUCUCAUUCUUUUUGCCCUCCAUGUAUUACCGCAGGUGUCCGGACACGCUGCCUUCUUCCACCCAAGCAUGUUCGGCUUCAACGUAACAGCCCAAACCUAUCCAUACGACAACCGCCCCGUAGCACCGAUAAAGAACAUGCCCUUCUCCCAAUGGUGGUUCCACAACCACCUCGACCACCCCCCAAACGCCGGGGACGUCUUCACCCUCCCAGCAGGCGAAACCGCCACAGCCGAAAUAGCGUGCACCAAAGGCGCCACGUCAUUCUUCGCUAGUGCCGAGGGGGGCGACAUUCGGAACAAGUCUAACCCGAACGACGUGUGUCCCGGAUCCCCGAUGAUAGAGUACCACACGCAGGGUUUCAAUGAUUUGGAAGGGUGUUCGUUGGCGAUUGCGUAUAAGAGUGACGUGGAGGAUGUGAAGCCGGAGGAUUUUACGGUGUUUAGUGUCAAUCAGACGUGUGUGUGGACGAGGUUUACGGAUUUUAAAGUACCCGGGAGGAUGCCGCCUUGUCCUGAGGGAGGAUGUAUUUGUGCGUUCUUUUGGAUUCAUGCGCCCGACGCAGGUGGUGAAGAGAACUACAUGAACGGCUUCAAAUGCAACGUAACAGGCUCAACAUCCUCCGUCCCACUCGCCACAUCCAAAGUCGCCCGUCGGUGCGGCGCCGAUCCCGCAAACAAGAAAAUGCAAUCCGUUCCGGGGAACUGCACCUACGGAGCAAAGACUCCGUUUUACUGGUUCAAUAACGAGAGGAAUAAUAUGUUCGAAGGCUCAUUCUCACCACCCGUCUACAACGACUUGUACAACUUUCUAGACGGGGCACAGAAUGAUAUCUUCCAGGACUCGUAUACGUUCCUGCCUGAUCCGUCGCCGACGGCUCCUUUGCCUGUUCUUGCGUCCAACUCGACUUUGGGAGGUGGAAGUGCCAACUCCACUACGACGACAAGUGGUGGUGGUGGGAAGAAGAAGACGUGUACUAUACGCAAACAACCGUCCGCUGUGCCCUCUUUGGUUGCAAGGGGCUUGCCAGGCGCGCUUGUGGGAAGGAGGGGGAGGAGGUCGCAUUCUUUUGAACGGAGGAGGGUAUGGGAUAUGUGGUGA